CAGGCUCCACUGGGUUUCUUCGAUCCUUUUGGAAUGACCAAGGAUGGCGACAUGGAGGCCUUCAAACGUCGGCGUUCUACUGAAUUGAAGAAUGGUCGUGUAGCUAUGUUGGCGACUAUGGGAUACAUUGUCCCAGAAUAUUUUCGCUUUCCAGGAUACUGCUCUCCCUCGGAGGGGGUGAAAUUUGCUGACAUCCCCAAUGGACUCGCGGCCAUCAGCAAGGUCCCUGCAGCUGGUUGGACCCAGUGGUUCCUGUUCCUGGGCCUCAUUGAGAAGGGCAUUUACACCUUUGACCCAACCAGGGCACCAGGUGACUACAAGAAUGCAGGCGUGUUGGGUGUGCCCAACGGCAGCACCAUGACCCCUGGUGAGGGUCGCAACCGAAAGCUGAACUCUGAGUUGGCCAACGGACGUUUGGCUAUGAUGGCAAUUAUCGGCAUGUUCUUCCAGGAUGGCUUGACUGGCUCUGCCUGGGGUGAUUGGUCCAACUACACCGACUCGCCCUUGCGAGCCUUUGAGAAUGAGCUGGGUGUCCAGGCUCCUGUGGGGUACUUUGAUCCCAUGGGCAUGUCCAAGGAUGGUGACCUAAAGACCUUCCGCAGACGUCGCGAGUCGGAGCUGAAGAACGGACGCGUCGCGAUGUUUGCGACCAUGGGAUUCAUUGCUCCGGAGUACUUUCGCUUCCCUGGCUACCUCUCGCCUGCCAAAGAAAUCAAGUUUGCCGACGUGCCCAAUGGCCUCGCUGCUUUGGGCAAGGUGCCUUUGACCGGCUGGAUCCAGAUCUUGGUGUUCUGCGGCAUGGUGGACUUCGGCCUUUACCGGGCUGACGACUCCAGGGACCCUGGUGACUAUGAGAACGCUGGCAUCCUGGGUGUGCCAAACGCCAGCGGCCCCAUGAGCGAUGUGGACGGUCGCAAGAGGAAACUGAACUCUGAACUGGCCAACGGCCGAUUGGCAAUGGUGGCCAUCACUGGGAUGCUCUUCCAGAACGGAAUGUUCGGCACCACUGGUCCUGCCAUGUGGGGCUUUGGUUCCUAAAUUCCUAAGGCUGGCAAGGUCCGCCACCUGCAUCUGAAUUGGCCACGGGGGUCGCCAGCCACCUCUAAGAGGCGAUAUGGGCAACCGAUGACGCGCUGCAUCACCACUGAACGUGUCAUUUUUAUAUAUUGUUAUCGUUGUUUUUCC